AUGUGGAAAGAUUGGGCGCAGAGGCUGGAUGAAGCACUCUGGGCCUACAGGACUGCAUACAAAAUGCCUAUAGGUAUGUCUCCUUACUCACUUGUAGUUGGUAAAGCAUGUCAUCUUCUUAUAAAGUUGAAGCAUAAGGAAUUUUGCGCAGUAAAGAAGUUGAAUAUGAAUCCAGAUGCGACGGGCGUUCAACGCAAGCUUCAGCUCAACGAGCUCAAAGAAUGGCGAAUGAAUGCAUAUGAAAACAACAAGAUCUACAAGGAAAAGACAAAGCGUUGGCACGACCAACGCAUCAGCAAGAAGGGAUUGAAAUCUAGAUGGUGCGGGCCCUUCAUAAUUAAAAUGAUCUUUCCCUACGGUACUGUGGAAUUAAUGCAAGAAGAUGGCACUGAUGCAUUCAAAGUAAACGACCAAAGGGUUAAGCCGUACCUUGAAAACGAAGUGGAAUGCCAAAAGUCAACUCUUGCGCUAUGCGAGACAAGUUGA